AGUAAACUACAACAAUCAAAUUCAGUGAUCAACUAACUAGAUCUAGAUCUAAAUAGAAUCUAGAAAUCUAGAUCUAAAUUAGUAAAUACACUUAAAAAUUAAAUCCAACUACUUUUAAAACGGUUAUUUAAAUCCUGGAAUAAAUGGGGAGUAAAAAGCACAAAAAGCACAAGUCGGAUAGUAGAAAUGCCAUUGAAACAGACGGUACCGACGGUGCACAAGAGAAGCCUUUAAAGCUAAAAUUAAAUAUAAAAGUUGGUGGCGGUCCUAGUCAGGAAUCCUUCCCAGAGACCACUGCAUCGCCUGCACAGAUUGAUGAGAGGAAACACAAACAUAAGAAGAAGAAGAAGAAAAAGUCCAAUGAUCGUGAAAGGGAAAGGUCCCGCUAUGCCAGAGAUGAGAUGUCGUCUAAGCGACAGCAUGAUGAUGAUGAAAGUGAAGGGGAUGAUGAGGAUGAAGAUGAUCAUGUGAGAGAAGACUCCAUGGCAAGGACAGCAAGCGACAAUGAGUACUCAGAUGGGAAUUUAUCCCCUGGCAGAAAGCUGCGUGAGCCGCGAUCCUGCACGCUUAAGGACAAUGAUGGCAUAAUCCUGAAGCAGAUGUUGAAUCAUUUAAUCAAAAUUUUACAGAACAAAGAUGUAAAUGGGUUUUUUGCAUUUCCUGUAACUGACAGCAUCGCCCCAGGCUACUCUAGCAUUAUAGUACACCCCAUGGACUUCAGCACAAUGGCAGCGAAAAUUGAAGCUUGUGAAUAUUCCAAUGUUAUGGAUUUUAAAAAAGACUUUAUUUUAAUGUGCAAUAAUGCCAUGACAUACAACCGGCCAGACACUAUAUACUACAAAGAAGCCAAGCGGCUGUUACAUAUUGGAAUAAGGCAGCUCAGUAAGGAGAAGUUACUGCACCUGAAGAAGACCCAGAGUUUCCUAGCCAGCAUCACAUUACAGGAGCUGGGCUUUGAUGAGAGUGGGCAUGUGGUCGAGCCAGCCCCCGCUCCAGUUGUAGAGGAAACCAGGGUCCAACCCAGGGAGGAGCCAAAACCUGAGGUUGAUGUUGGAAAAUAUGAGGUCAUACCAGACGACGAGUUGUCACCAGAAGAAAUUUUAGCGCAGGCCAGUGAGGCGGCUCAGAGGGCCCAUGAUCAGCUGACUACACGCAAACCCAAAACUGAUCUGGGAUUCUUGAGACUAGAAGAAGAUGGCACCACUUCCAUGACAAUCCUCAACCCAUGGAAUGAUGGAAUAGUAAGUUCCACACAGAAAGUAAUCAGCCUAGGUGAUUAUAUGGGUAAACUAAAAAGUGGAUCCGGAUCUCUGUUUAAAUUUAAAGAAGACAAAAGAAAUAAAGUCUGUCCAGAAACCUAUCUGUGCUAUGGCCCCUUCAGCUCCCAUGCUCCAGCAUAUGACUCAUCUUUUGCAUCCUGUACCAAAGAGGAAUCAGAUCUGUUGCUGAGUACUUAUGGAGGAGAGAUUGGUGUGCAGUAUGCUAAAAGUGUUCAAAAAUUUGUUGAGAAUGCAGGCAUCAGCGCAGUGGAGAUGGUGGACAGGCUGCUUGACACCUUGACCAAUGGGCAGCAUUCUAAGUCUCGUGUCUUGCUAGAACAACAGAAAAGGAAAGAGGAGGAACAAGCAGAAAGAGCAUUGCAAGAUGAAAUGAUAAUGAAAGCUCAAAAAGCAGCUGAAGAAGCUGAGCAGUCUGCAGCUAAAGAUCCAGUCCAGCACAAACUGAACGAGACAGCGGCCAUGUUGUCUGAGCUGUCACAGACACAGAACGAGCGGCUGAGUCAGGACCCACCCCCACACCUUUGUUAUAUUUCACCACCAUCUGAUAAAGAGGCUGAUUUAGCUGACAAGGUGACCAGUAACUUGAUGAACAUGACCAAGCAUGUCCACCCUGGUGAUGUGGUCAGCACCAAGGCCAUCAGGGGGGCCAUGGGCAUCACAGCCUACCCCAUCAGCAGGGACCAGGGCGCUGCCGGCCACGCCCAGCAGGGGAACUACAGCAACGAUGAGGAUUCAGAUGACGACGACAGUGGGGAGGAUGAUGAUGAGGAUGAGGAGGAGAGUAUGAACGAGGGGGCAGACUCUGGCGACGAGAAGGGUGAAAAAGAUGACGGGCCUUCAUAUGAGAUGGACUCGUCAUAAUAUUUUUAAUAUAUCGGGGGGAUAAUUUGUUGUUUAGGAGAUGAAUCUUUAAGCAUGAAUGAUGUUGAAUGUUUGGGAUUGUAGGAAAUGUUUUUUUUAAUGAAAAUUUUACACUCAGGAUGUCUUUUUUAAUAACUCAUAAAGUUAUGGAAUUCUAAAGAGAGAAAAAACUACUUUGAGAUUUAACAUUAAAAUGUGUGCAUAGUUGCUUUACUUUCAAUACAGUUACUCUAACUGCAUGUGGAAUAAAAUAAUUUUAUAUGAUUUGUUCCUAUAGGAAUCUUACAUGGAAUAUUCAGCAUAGAAAAAAAAGAUGCUAUAAAUUCUACUUGAAUCAAAAACAUGAGUGUUGUAUUUAUAUUGUUGUAUGUUGCAUUUAUUUAAAAAAUUAAAGCGUUGAGUACAGUAUGUUUUUUACUGUAAUUUUUGUAAUAAAGUGGAGUGAGA